AUGGAGAGCCAGGCAUUUGAGAAGGUGGAGGAGAGAGUCUACCACCUUUGGAAAAAGGGGCAGGCAACUCAAGGAGAGGAAAGGGAUCUAGCUAGGACAUGCAGAGAGUACAUCAGAAAGGCAAAAGCACAGCUAGAACUCAACCUGGCCACAGCUGUGAGGGAUAACAAAAAAGGUUUUUACAAAUACGUUAACAACAAAAAGAUAGUCUGGGAGAACGUCCACCCUUUAUUGGAUGCACAGGGGAACAUUGCUAUCAAGGAUGAGGAAAAGGCUGAGGCACCUGUUUGGGCAUACAUCCUGAGUGCAUUAGGACUUUUUAUCUACCAGUCCCUGGAUGCCAUUGAUGGGAAGCAAGCCAGAAGAACCAACAGUAGUUCUCCUCUAGGAGAACUCUUUGAUCACGGUUGCGACUCUAUUUCCACAGUUUUUGUUGUCCUUGGAUCCUGCAUAGCAAUCCGACUAGGAACAAACCCUGACUGGUUGUUUUUCUGUUGUUUUGUGGGACUGUUCAUGUUCUAUUCUGCUCACUGGCAGACAUAUGUAUCAGGCAUACUAAGGUUUGGAAAAGUUGAUGUAACUGAAGUUCAGAUAGCCAUAACAAUGCUGCUCUUGAUAUCAGCAUAUGGUGGCACAGCACUAUGGGACUAUAAGGUCCCCUUGGUGGGCUUAGAACUGAAGUUCUUGGCAGUUUUUGGCAUACUGUGUGGAAUAGCACUUUCUUUUUUCAAUUACUUCCGUGUUAUCUUUGGUGGAGGGGUUGGAAAGAAUGGAUCCACAAUAGCAGUGGCUCACAUGACAAAAAGUGAAAUCUGUCUGCAGGACACUGCAUUUAUUGGGCCAGGACUUUUGUUUUUGAACCAGUACUUCAACAGUUUCAUUGAUGAAUAUAUUGUUCUGUGGAUAGCACUGUUCAUAUCCUUGUUUGAUAUGCUGAGAUAUGCCACUGCUGUAUGCCUACAGAUUGCUGCUCAUCUUCAUAUACAUGUCUUCAGAAUUUCAUCUCAUCAAGCUCCUGAACAGGUUCAAAACCAUAAUGACUGAUUAAAUAGGCCAAGGACAAGAGGAGAAGCAGUUAGGGGAGGAAUGUUGAAUGAAGCAAGCUCUUUUCUUGGGAAGACAAAUUAAGCUUUUGAAUAACAUAGUUUUAUGAGAAAGCUCACUCUAUCCCAGAUACUGCCUGAUG